CCAAGUCAACCGCAGGUGCAGCCCAUCGACCUGCGCCCUGGUCGCUGGCUGCCGUGCACGGAGAACGAGCCCGCGGUCUGCUGAAGCUCCUUGCAAGUCCGCAGCAACCCGCCUUCCUCGUGGCCUCCUCCUGGCCGCCAACACCCUGCCAUGGCAUCGAUUAAACUGGGUUCGCUGCUGAUCCGGACGCUGGCAAAGCCCAUCGCCAGCUCCAUCAAGGACGCGGCCAAGCAACAUCCCCGAUUCAAAGAGUUUUGUAUGGGCGUCGCCCAGACCCUCAACACCAUCGACAUGAAACUCAAGAUGAGGUUUUUUGACUACAAAGUCGAGGCGAUUCGGCCCCUGAAUGAUGCCAAGGCCGUCGAAGUCGGCGCCACCUUCAUCAGUGAAGCAGUCAUAUUCUCUGUGGCAGGAUUAACAAUUGUUGCUGAGGUAUAUCGCUCCAAUAUAAAGAGCAACAAAUCGAAAGCCGAACUAGAAGCGCGACUUACUGGAUUAGCCGAUGGGAACGAGGCCUCCCAGGCCCAAAUCAAGGAACUCAAGCAGUCAAUAGAGCAGCUACAGACUGAACUCGAGGCUUUGAAGGACUCGCUGCAUUUACCAACAUUGCCAGACGCAACGUCAUCAGCGUCCCCUGUCCCGGCAAAGUCGUCCCGCUGGUUAUUGGGUUGAAUCAUCUCUGCCGGUUUGGAAGUGAGAAGCGCAACUAUGCUCAAUACAUGGAGGAUAAAACUGGGCAGUGCUGCUCCCUCGGUUGCAGCCAUGGGGUUCAAGUCCGAUGAUUGCUUUCCGUCUCGGGUGGAAAAAUCAAUGCUUUGCUGUGGGCUUUGGGAGCAUGCUGUUGAAUACACCUGGUCCAUGGGCGAUCAUCGACUGGCAUUGAAAUUGCGGCUGUAGGAGUGUCGCGGAUGGAUGAUAUGCGCGGGCCUGCAUCCUCAUUGUUCUGCUGGCGAGCUUCGACUCUGUGGACUCUUUGUGUCCGACCCUCAUGCAUGCUUC